CAUAAGCACCAGCAGCUUGAUUUGAGUAGAAAUCAGAUACGAGUUCUUCUACUGCUUCAAGGACAUGCGCCCCUUACGAUCAACUGUAUCGUCACUACAUUUGAUGUAGCAAACACACCCCCGUACAUCACGGUGUCAUAUGCCCGGGGUGAGGCGCAUCUAUUGGAAACAAUACAAGUAAAUUACGGCUACUAUAGUAUACGACGCAACCUCUUCGACUUCUUGUCUGCUUUCCAGGAAAAUACAGCGAAUCACAUGUAUCUCUGGAUUGACCAGAUCUGCAUUGACCAGAAGAACAUCGAGGAGCGGAACCACCAAGUGCAACAGAUGCAGCAUAUUUACAAAAGUUGCAAGUUUGUGAUAUCU